AUGGAAUCCAAGAGCGUCAAACGUUAUCUUAUUGUCAAAACAAUUCUAGUCACCGGUGGCUUUCUUGGAAAAAUUUUUGUGGAAAAGAUACUCAGAGUUCAGCCAAAUGUGAAGAAACUGUAUCUUCUUUUGAGAGCUAAGGAUUGUGAAUCUGCAAACCAACGUUUCAACUAUGAGCUCUCAUGGGCUCCUCUAUUGAAAGACCUCUCAAGAAUUGAUGACAAUGGACUACAAAAAUCAAACAUUUUGGCUGAAAAGAUCAAGCAACAACUCGAAGCUGGUGAAUUUCUAAAUGCAUUUGAUACUUGGAAUCAAACUGAAGCUGUAAUAAGCAAUAGCAGCAAUUAUGUGAAUUUCUAUGAUUUUACGGAGGAUAAUGGAAGCCAUAUAAAUACCAUGUCAACAACAAAGAAGAGAUUAUUCAAUGAAAUAUCAAUGAGGCGUUACUCCAACUAUAUUACUUCUACAGUUGGUAAUGAUGAUAUGAAGAUUCUAUACACCUUAUUAAAUGGUGCCAUAAAGGAAAAAUUAAAGAUCAUUCCACGGAAUCUUACAUGGCAACCCGUGUUACAAUAUGUGUUAGAAAAUUUUAAAGGUGAUUUUAUGAAGCCAAGAAUUAGUGAGGUUGAUGAGUUGCUAGCUCUCGGGGUCAAUGUGACUAUCUACAAUGGACAAGUUGAUCUAAUUUGUUCAACCAAGGGAACGGAAGCUUGGGUCAAGAAACUCAAAUGGUCAGGCCUUCAAAAUUUCUUGAGCCAAGAUAGAACUCCAUUGUAUUGUGGAAGUGAAAGAAAGACCAAAGGCUUUUUUAAGUCAUAUGAAAACUUAAGUUUCUAUUGGAUACUUGAUGCUGGCCAUAAUGUACCUAUUUAUCAGCCAUGCAUAGCACUAAACAUGGUGGGUGCAAUUACACAAUCACCAGCGGCUUGA